AUGGAUUUCCUACCAGAGAACCUACAAACAAUCCUCCAAAACCCAACAGUAUCCUACCUCCAAUCAACAACCCAAGCCCAUCUCACCUCGCGCCUCACGGAGCUCCGAACAACAAUCCUACAACCAUACCUGAUCGAACCACUAUCAACCCUCCUGACAAGCUACUCCGGCGCCAUGCCGGAUUUGCUCUCAAUCUGCCUGCUAGCCAUUAUAAUUCUGGUCUCGCUGAAGAUCCUCGACUAUGCAUUCCGCAUGAUUAUGUUCUGGGUGGUGCUGGCGUUCCGACUUGUCUUUUGGGGCUCGUUGUUCGGCGCUGGGUAUUAUGUGUAUCGUGUCGGUGUUGAGGAUGCGGCGAGGGAUGCCGGGUGGCUGUUUGGUGUUGUUGCUGGGUUUGUGGGGGAUUAUGUUGAGAAGAGUCAGGGGAAAGCCGCUGCUUAUGUUGGGGGAACGGGUGUUGGUUGA